GACAAUGAUAAUAAUGAUGAUAAUAAUAAUAAUGAUAAUAACAAUAAUAACGAUAAUAAGAAUAGUAAUGAUAAUGAUAAUGAUGAUGAUGGUGGUAAUGAUGAUGAUUAUGAUGAUGAUGAUAACAAUAAUAAUAAUGAUAACAACGAUAAUGAUAAUAAUGACAAUGAUAAUAAACAAGAAACAGGGGAAAAGGGAACGGACAAC